GUAGGCAGACCUAGUAUUUGUUGAUUGGCUUCUAUCGCCUUCUACUGUAAUGAGGCGCAGGUCCUGGUUGGAAUUUUGCUUAUAAAGCCGCAAUGCACGAAACACCAAGAAUGUCAAAGAGAGUUUACUCACCUGUCCCACUAAUUCUAAUCAUGACCAGGAGAUCUUUCUCUGACAUGAGGCCAUUUCUGUGUCUAACCUGGAUGGGAGCACUGCUCCUUUUUGCCAGCUGCUCAGCCACUUCGCCCACACAGAGCGAGGCUGGGUGGACACAGAAACUUGGCGAGUUGGAGGCAAGACUUGCUCGAGUGGAAGAGAAACGUGAGCAGAGGGAUACAAGUGAUUAUGGAGACUUCAUCGAGAUGGACGGUUGGGUCUUGGUGUUUCGCGGCACACAAGGUCUGGGAUCCCCCGUGUAUGACGCAUGGACGCGCACUGGUUACCAUGACGACUACACAUUCACCCGCGCCUCCAUGCCAUGCGGGUGCACGAGAACCAACGGGUCAUGUGACCGUCACUACCGCAGUCGUCUGCUGGACUCCUGGCCCUCCUCGGCCCUGGAUAAAGUGAAGCUGGCUGUGUAUGAAGGUGGGGUGGAGAAGGCCUACAUGAUCUUCACCGGCCUCGGCAGCAACUACAUCAACUGGUUCUCGGCGGACAGACUCGUACAGUCUUCAUGGAAGGACCUGAAGUCGUCUGCUCACAGCUACUUCGAUAUUACAGGGUUUUCUGCACGUGGGACUUUUCGCCGGUUCUAUGUUAGCAAGAAUCAUGGUGGAUGUCCUGGUGACAACGGGUGGUUGAACAUCAAGGACGCCGGAAACUCUUGUCCAUGGGAGACUUCGAAUCAGAACCCUGCGUUUGUUUAUUCAAAAGCCAAGACAGUGAUUAACUGGCAAAGCGCCGGGGACAUGCGGGGCUUUGCUGACGUCAUGGCAGUGUGGGUCAAGUUUCGACCCUCGGUCAAUCUCAACCGAGCGUGCAUGCCAUGAUGGCGGGGUGUGUCCACCCUGCGAAGAAAAUAUCCCUGGGUCCUUUUGUUAGGGUUGCAAACAAGAAUAAUGGAGAACUAUGUUAGAGGCUGUAAGUACAAAGAAAACAGAAAUUUUAUCUCGUAUCUUGUUGUGUUUCACCAACCGUAGCAGAUCAUGGAUUGUGAUAUGUAUUCAGCUUCUAUUUACAUGUGAAUGUUGAAAAGAUUUACUUUAAACUCACUAACAACAAGCAGCAAUCUAUCUUCUCCAUGUUUACCAACGAAAGCAGCUGGCGAUAUUUUCAACUUUAAUAUUCUUGAAUUUACUGCUCAUAAAAUGUCGUUAUCAUUUCAUGUUAUCCAUCAUUUUAGAAAAAAUUGUAAUGAAAGAGUGCGCUGUUUAUCCAUGAAUAAUAAAUAAUAAUAAAUG